AUGGCUGACACGCGGGGAAAACAGUCGAGUCAACGACGUGGCUUUCUCUUCGGUCGGAACAUAACAAAAUCGCUAUCUCCUCUGUUACAUGGUACUGUCUUCGCAGAGCUCGACUUGGAUUGGUCCUAUGAACGUGUAGACACCGACGAUAUUGACUUGGUGUUACGAUGCUUGCAGGAUGAAAAUCUAUAUGGCGCGGCAGUGACGAUGCCCCAUAAAGUCGCAAUCAUGAAGCACUUGGAUGUCCUUACUGAAAUCUGUCGGGACGUUGGUGCCUGCAACACCAUUUUCGUCACCAUGGAAGAGGGACGCCGCAUCCUUUGCGGUACCAAUACAGACGUGCUUGGUGUAAAGGAGGCGUUCUAUCGAAAUGUUUCUGAGCCACACAAGACCUUCGAAGACCGACCAGUGAUGGUCAUAGGUAGCGGAGGUGCUGCACGGAGCGCCGUAUACGCUGCCCAGAAGUGGAUGCGUGCUACUCAAAUAUAUCUCGUCAAUCGGGACGACCUGGAAACCCAAAGUCUCUUGGCCGAAUGUGAGGCGGCGGCCAACGGCAGUAUCCUUCAGCAUAUCAACAAUCUCAACCAAGCAGAUGACCUCCCAACUCCAGGUGCCAUAAUCUCUUGCAUUCCGGAUUUUGCCCCCCAAACUCAUGGCGAGAAGCUUGUCAGAGACAUCAUGCAAGUCUUUCUACGACGAAGUGAUAAAGGCGCCAUCCUCGACAUGUGCUAUAAUCCGACUCCAAACACUGCGAUUAGCAGAAUCGCCAAGCAAGAAGGCUGGCAAGUAAUUGCAGGCACUGAAAUGCUAAUAUGGCAAGGCUUAGAGCAGGACACGUACUGGACCGGUCGGCCAAUUGAGGAAUUGCCAGUGCAGCAAGUCAAGACAGCCAUUGCCAACAGGCUGGCAUUGAACUUACAGACUGUAGUCAAUGAAUAA